AUGGAAGGGAAUAAGAGGCAGAAGACGAGGAAGGCCGACGUGGCGCCAGUGAAGAGAGAAUCGGAGCAAUCUUCAAGCUCCACGAGCCCUUCAGACCAAAUUAUUGUGCAAAGAAGAGGAGAACUGAACGGAUACAGUAACGGGCUCAAGCUCGAGCAGGAAAAGAAGGGCUUGGUGCCGAAAUCGUCACUAUCGUUCCUGGAAUCCGUACCAGGUCAAUCGCAGAGAAAGGAGUACGUGAAGCCGACGGUCACCAAGUACACGAUCGAAGGUGUGCAGUUCGACAUCAUGGGAAGCACGGAGAUAUCGAGAGCGGCGGAGAUAGAAAUAAAGAACAGAGAUCUGUACUACUACUUGACGAACAAGCCGUACCCGUACGGAGUUCUGGACAGUAGACUAGGGCUAAAACUAAUUUGGAACUUAGGGUGUAACACGAAUGACAUGACGUGCGAGACGUGCGGAAAGGGACUGAUAGAAUGCAUAGGCCAUUGGGGCUACGUGAAGCUGGAGCUGCCAGUAUUCCACGUAGGAUUCUUCAAGUACGUGAUACAGGUGCUCUACUGCAUAUGUAAGAAGUGCUCGUGCCUCCUGCUGCCAGAAGACUCGAUCAGGAAGCUGAAGGAGCAGUUUUUUAAAAGACCAAUAGAGGACCCGGUGGUGAAGUCGCUAAUAUUUCGGAGCGUGCUGGACAUGUGCAGAAAAGUAAAGUUCUGUCCAAGGUGUGAAGCGCCGCAGGGCUCGAUAAAGAAGGUGGUGAAGCCGACGACGGACCAGUUCAUGAAGCUGAAGCACUGCAUAAAGCAAAAGGGCUCCUCGAGAGUGGAGGUGGAGGAGCUGACGCCCCUGGUGGUGAAGCAGCUGUUCGAAAACAUAGAUCCAAUACACUGCAAGGUGAUGAACAUAGAGAACCCGGAGAGGCUGAUCAUAACGUCACUGGCGGCGCCACCAAACUGCAUCAGACCGACGAUAUCAAUACAAGGGCAGGGUACGACCGAGGAUGACCUUACAGUGGACUUUUCAGACAUCGUAGACAUCAACAACCUCCUGAAAAAUCAAAUUAAAAACGGACUUCAAACGAACAGAUUUAUCGGAAACUGGCAAAUAUUGCAAGUGCAGUGCACAAGGUUCAUAAACUCAGAGUACCCAGGACUCAAUCACCUGCUAACAUCAAGGAACAUAACAAAGCCAGGAAGAGGACUGUGCGAAAGACUGAAGGGAAAGGAGGGAAGGUUCAGAGGGAAUUUGUCGGGAAAGAGAGUGGACUUCUCAGCAAGGACGGUGAUAUCGCCGGACCCAAACGUGGGCAUAGACGAAGUGGUGAUACCGGAGUGGAUAGCGAGGAGGCUGACCUUCCCGGAGAGAGUGAGCAGCUACAACAUCGAGGUGAUGAAGAAGGCGAUACUGAACGGAGAGUCGGUCUGGCCAGGAGCGUCCUACGUGCACAAGCUCGACGGAAGCAAGUGCAGCCUGAGGUUCGCAAACCCGAAGCACGUCUCGGAGAACAUACAGGUGGGCGACAUAGUGGAGAGGCACCUGUGGAACGGAGACCUGGUGAUAUUCAACAGGCAGCCCUCGCUGCACAGACUGAGCAUCAUGUGCCACAGGGCGCGAAUCAUGCGAGGCUCGACCUUCAGGUUCAACGAGUGCGUGUGCACGCCGUACAACGCAGACUUCGACGGAGACGAGAUGAACAUACACCUGCCGCAGACGUACGAGGCGAAGGCGGAGUCGCUGCACCUGCUGAGCGUGCAGAAGAACCUGACGACGCCGAGGAACGGAGAGCCGCUGAUCGCACCAGUGCAGGACUUCCUGUGCUCCUCGUACCUGCUGACGAACAAGGACAUGUUCCUGACGAGAGCGCAGUUCUGCCAGAUCAUAUCCUACUUCACGGACGCCUCAAUACACGUGGACCUGCCGCCGCCAUCAAUAGUGCACCCAGUGACGCUGUGGACGGGGAAGCAGGCGUUCAACGUGUUGAUAAGACCGAACAGAGCGUCGAAGGUGAUGGUUAACCUGCGAGUGAAAGAGAGAGAGUUUAUGGACCCGAACGUGUACUACAAGAGUGGUGGCAAAGGCGCAAGAGGAAUGGGCGAUAACAGGACAAAGCGUAGAGGGCCAGAAGACAUGGACCUGGACGAGGAGGAGGAUGAGCAGAAUUCACGGGAAAGUUGGGGAGCUGCCGUAAAGUUGGACGAAUGCAUGUGUCCGCACGACGGAUACGUGGUGAUCUACAAGUCGGAGCUGCUGAGCGGAAGCCUGGGAGUGAGGUCGCUGGGGCCGACAAAGGGAGGGCUCUUCUACGAGCUUAUGCUGAAGAACAGCGCGAAGGUGUCCUCGGAGUGCAUGCUGCGAGUGAGUAAGCUCUCGAGCAGAUGGCUCUCAGAGUACGGAAUGACAAUAGGCCUCGACGACGUGACGCCGAGCGAGGAGCUGAUCAACAAGAAGAAGCAGCUGCUGCUCGACGGGUACCUGAGGGUCGACGAGGCGAUCAGCAACUUCGAGUUCCUGCAGCCGUACCCGGGCUGCACGCGCGAGGAGACGCUGGAGCUGCAGGUGAAGUCGAUCCUGGACGAGCUGAGGAACGAGUCGGGCAAAAUCUGCACGUCGCUGCUGAGUCCGGACAACAAGCCGCUGAUCAUGUUCAACUCGGGCUCGAAGGGGGCGCUGAUCAACAUAGCGCAGAUGGUGGCCUGCGUGGGCCAGCAGAACGUGUCAGGCCAGCGAAUACAGAACGGCUUCAUCGAGAGGACGCUCCCGCACUUCCCGAUGGGCUGCAAGGACGCGAAGAGCAGAGGCUUCGUGGCAAACUCCUUCUUCACGGGGCUGGAGCCGGAGGAGUUCUUCUUCCACACCAUGUCAGGGAGGGAGGGGCUGAUCGACACGGCGGUGAAGACGUCGGAGACGGGCUAUAUGCAGAGGAGACUGAUGAAGUUCAUGGAGGACUUGGCGAUAUGCUACGACCACAGCGUUAGAACCGGCGACGGGCAGGUGGUACAGUUUCUAUACGGAGAUGAUGGACUCACAUCAGCGCUCUCGAAGUCAUCGCAAACCACACUCAAAAGCUCAUUUGAUCACAUAAAACACAUAAACCCGAUCCUGGAGAAGGUGGUGAUGUCAUCAGUACACAUAGAUCCAGCCGCGGUGAACACUAAUCAAAAAGUGGUUAAAAGGAGGACGAAAAGUACAAGAAGUGGGUCAAAGACAAGUGGAAAGGAAAGUGAAGACGGAUACAGACAUAGAUGGAUACUGCCAUCAGAAAAAACGAGUGAAAUUGGGUCAAAAAUAGACAUUUUAUUACAAAACGAAGAUUUUAUUGACAAUUUACCACCUCAACUAAAAAAUAAAGUUAAAUCAUAUAAAUAUUGGAUACAAGGGAAUAAUCCAGGGCAUAAAGAAGUAAGGUUUGAUGUGAAUGUAAAGUUGGAGAGUGGAGAGUACAACAUAAGGGAGAAUCAAAUAAACAAGUCGAUAGACGAGAGCACAAUUAACACAGUGAAGAGUCACCUGGUGGCAUACCACGCAGUGUACGUGGAAAACAGUUACACGAAUAGGAACGUGCCGCUGCUGCCAAAUGAAAUAAAAGCAUGGUCAAAGUAUCUGCAGCCGUUGCUGAUAGAGUUGUUGCCGCCGACAAUAUGUAAUAACUCAACUUCGCAGUGCAUGGGAAGCGUGUACGAGUUCGGGAACCUGAUAGAAAGGACGCUGGAGGAACACGCGGAAAAGUUGGAACAGACGCUGAGCGAAGACUACGAAAAGGAGUUUUUGAGUUCGAAAAACGAGUCGGAAGGAGUGGUGAGGAGGUUUAAGAGGAUAGACAAGGUGCACUGGCUGUCGCUGGAGCAGGUCUUCGAGUUCAUAAGGUACACGUGGAAGCACUACCAGAAGUGCAUCUGCGAGCCCGGAGAGGCGAUAGGAGCGCUCGGCGCGCAGUCGAUAGGAGAGCCGGCAACGCAGAUGACGCUGAAGACGUUCCACUUCGCAGGAGUUGCCUCAAUGAACGUGACGCUGGGAGUGCCCAGAAUCAAGGAGAUCAUCGGCGCCUCGGCGAAGAUAGCGACGCCCAUAAUAGAAGUGCCGCUGGAAGAAAAAACCAACUACGACUUCGCGCUCAAGGUUAAGUCUAGGAUAGAGAAGACGACGCUGGGCCAGGUGUGCACGAGCGUGAAGCAGAUGUACACGCCGCAGAGCAGCAAGCUGCUGCUGACGCUGAACCAGAAGCUGAUCAAUCAGCUGUACCUGCCAAUAAACGCAAACAAGGUGAGAACCCGUGUCGUGGAGAUCAUAAGUCAGAUAAAGAAGAUAGGCAAGAUCGUGAUACCGAAGAGCAGCGUCUACGCGGUGGGCGAGUGGCAGAUAUGCAUGGACCUAGGGCCCACGCACCACCAGUUCUUCCAGCAGAACACGCUGGUGACCUCAAUACUGCAGCUGGUGGUGGCGGGGUGCAAGGAGGUCAAGAGGGCGGUGAUAAAGAGGGAGAACACGGCGGCAGGGCCCAACUACCAAAUAGCAGUCGAGGGCUACGGCCUGAAGGAGGUUAUGGGAGCGGACGGAGUGCUGUGGAGCUCAGUGAAAAGCAACCACGUGUUCGAAGUGGCAGAGGUGCUCGGAAUUGAAGCUGCGCGCAGCGUAAUAAUCAGUGAGAUACAGAAGUGCAUGGACGCGUACUCGAUAGACAUAGACGGAAGGUACAUGAAGCUCUUGGCGGACGUGAUGACCUUCAAGGGCCAGGUCAUAGGAAUCAACCGGCACGGCAUAAGGAAAAUGAGGUCCUCGACGCUGAUGCUCUCCUCCUUCGAGCAGACGAACGACCACCUGUUCGACGCGGCAGUGCAUCACAGAAAGGACCCAAUCAAGGGAGUGUCCGAGUGCAUAAUCAUGGGAAAGCCAAUAUCGCUGGGAACGGGCUCUUUUGACAUAAUGAUGGCCGCAUGA